CGCCGCCGCCGCCGGGCCGGGGGCAGGCAUGGCCGAGGGUGUGUGAGCACCGAGCGCGAGGGGCCGCCGCCACCAUGCCAGGGGGCGCAGGCGCCGCCCGGCUCUGCUUGCUGGCGCUCGCCCUGCAGCUCCUCCGGCCGCGGGCGGCGCAGGAGCCUGGAUGGACAAGAGGAAGUGGGGAAGGCAGCCCCCACCUGCAGCAUGAACUAAUAAUACCUCAGUGGAAGACUUCAGAAAGCCCCGUGAGAGAAAAGCAUCCACUCAAAGCUGAGCUCAGGGUAAUGGCUGAGGGGCGAGAACUGAUCCUGGACCUGGAGAAGAAUGAGCAACUUUUUGCUCCUUCCUACACAGAAACCCACUAUACUUCAAGUGGCAACCCUCAAACCACCACACUGAAGUCAGAGGAUCACUGUUUUUACCACGGCACGGUGAGGGAGACAGAACCGUCCAGCGUCACGCUCAGCACCUGCCGGGGAAUUAGAGGACUGAUUACUGUGAGCAGUAACCUCAGCUAUGUCAUCGAGCCCCUCCCUGACAGCGAGGUCCAACACCUAAUUUACAGAUCUGAACAUCUCAAGCUGCCCCCGGGAAACUGUGGGAUCGAGCACUCCAAGCCCACCACCAGGGACUGGGCUCUUCAGUUUACACAACAGACCAAGAAACGACCUCGCAGGAGGAAAAGGGAAGAUUUAAACUCCAUGAAGUAUGUGGAGCUUUACCUCGUGGCUGAUUAUGCAGAGUUUCAGAAGAAUCGACGAGACCAGGACGCCACCAAGCACAAGCUCAUUGAGAUCGCCAACUACGUUGAUAAGUUUUACCGAUCCUUGAACAUCCGGAUUGCUCUUGUGGGCUUGGAAGUGUGGACUCAUGGGAACAUGUGUGAAGUUUCAGAGAAUCCAUACUCUACCCUCUGGUCCUUUCUUAGUUGGAGGCGCAAGCUGCUUUCCCAGAAGAAACAUGACAACGCCCAGUUAAUCACGGGCAUGUCCUUCCACGGCACCACCAUCGGCCUGGCCCCCCUCAUGGCCAUGUGCUCCGUGUACCAGUCUGGAGGAGUCAACAUGGAUCACUCCGAGAAUGCCAUUGGUGUGGCUGCUACCAUGGCCCACGAGAUGGGUCACAACUUUGGCAUGAGCCACGAUUCUGCCGAUUGCUGCUCGGCCAGUGCGGCUGAUGGUGGGUGCAUCAUGGCGGCUGCCACUGGGCACCCCUUUCCCAGAGUGUUCAAUGGAUGCAACAGGAGGGAGCUGGACAGGUAUCUGCAGUCAGGCGGUGGGAUGUGUCUCUCCAACAUGCCAGAUACCAGGACGCUGUACGGAGGCCGGAGGUGUGGGAACGGGUACCUGGAAGAUGGGGAAGAGUGUGACUGUGGAGAAGAAGAGGAAUGUAACAACCCCUGCUGCAAUGCCUCUAAUUGCACCCUGAGGCCAGGGGCAGAGUGUGCCCACGGCUCCUGCUGCCACCAGUGUAAGCUGCUGGCUCCUGGGACCCUGUGCCGUGAGCAAGCCCGGCAGUGUGACCUCCCGGAGUUCUGCACGGGCAAGUCUCCCCACUGCCCUACCAACUUCUACCAGAUGGAUGGUACCCCCUGUGAGGGUGGCCAGGCCUACUGCUACAACGGCAUGUGCCUCACCUACCAGGAGCAGUGCCAACAGCUGUGGGGACCCGGAGCCCGGCCUGCCCCUGACCUCUGCUUCGAGAAGGUGAAUGUGGCCGGAGACACCUUUGGAAACUGUGGAAAGGACAUGAAUGGUGAACACAGGAAGUGCAACAUGAGAGAUGCAAAGUGUGGGAAGAUCCAGUGUCAGAGCUCCGAGGCCCGGCCCCUGGAGUCCAACGCGGUGCCCAUCGACACCACUAUCAUCAUGAAUGGGAGGCAGAUCCAGUGCCGGGGCACCCACGUCUACCGAGGUCCUGAGGAGGAAAGUGACAUGCUGGACCCAGGCCUGGUGAUGACCGGAACCAAGUGCGGCUACAACCAUAUUUGUUUCGAGGGGCAGUGCAGGAACACCUCCUUCUUUGAAACCGAAGGCUGCGGGAAGAAGUGCAAUGGCCAUGGGGUCUGUAACAACAACCAGAACUGCCACUGCCUGCCGGGCUGGGCCCCACCCUUCUGCAACACACCAGGUCACGGGGGCAGCAUUGACAGUGGGCCCAUGCCCCCUGAGAGUGUGGGUCCUGUCGUGGCUGGAGUGCUGGUGGCCAUCUUCGUGCUGGUGGUCCUCCUGCUGCUAUACUACUGCUGCAGACAGAACAAGAAUCUAGGCCAACUCAAGCCCUCAGCUCUGCCUUCCAAGCUAAGGCAGCAGUUCAGUUGUCCCUUCAGGGUUUCUCAGAACAGCGGGACUGGUCAUGCCAACCCAACUUUCAAGCUGCAGACUCCCCAGGGCAAGCGAAAGGUGAUCAACACCCCUGAAAUCCUGCGGAAGCCCUCCCAGCCUCCUCCCCGGCCCCCUCCAGAUUAUCUGCGUGGUGGGUCCCCACCUGCGCUACUGCCAGCACACCUGAGCAGAGCUGCUAGGAACUCCCCAGGGCCCGCAUCUCAAAUAGGGAGGACGGAGUCAUCCAGGAGGCCUCCCCCAAGCCGGCCAGUUCCCCCUGCACCCAGUUCCAUUCUUUCCCAGGACUUCUCCAGGCCUCGACCGCCCCAGAAGGCGCUCCCAGCGAACCCAGUGCCAGGCCGCAGGGCCCUCCCCAGGCCAGGGGGUGCAUCCACGCUGUGGCCCCCUGGUGCUAGCCCUCGGCAGUCCCAGCCUGUGGCAGCACCUGCCCCAAAGUUUCCAGAAUACAGAUCACAGAGGGCUGGAGGGAUGAUUAGCGCGAAAAUCUAGACCUGUCCCGGGGGCUCCUCCCUUUUCUUGAGCUCUCUGGACACUGCAGAGGACCCAUGGCCAUGGAAUCCGGAAGAAGCAUGUCUGGCUGCCUCUGAGCUCCUCCCGCCCUCUUCUGGGAACCUCCACUUCUCCAAAAACCUUGUUGACUCAGUGCCUCUUCAGCUUCCUCGGAAGCCCAGAGGGACUAUGAUCCAAUGGCUUCUAGGUGUUGUUUUGUGCAAUAUGCAGCCCCAGGUAGGGAGGGGAGGCCAGGAGGAGGGUGAAUGGCAGCUUCUCCUCCAGACUCCCAGCCCUGAGGUGCUGAUGGAGACAGUCAAGGCUGGCAAGCCCAGUGGGAAAAGUCCUGCCCAGCCCCUCAGGCCAACACUCUGCUUGUAGAAACAUCCAUCCACUCCUGGGGUGCAAGGCGUGCACGAGGGCUUCCCAGUGCUUUUGCCUUCCUCAGAGGUCCUGGGCUGGACAGAGGCUGGCAUUGACUCCUUUUAGCUUUUAGGGGUUAAGGAAGGGUCAAGCCAGCCACUGCUGUGGCUCUGCCCAGGGCUUGGUUGAGGAAAUGGCUUCUGGCUGUAUGGCUGCAUGCGAAAAGCCAAGUCCCCUCCCACCUCUCCCCAAACCCCUGCGUCCCCGUAUUCACACAGGUCACUCUGAUUCAGACAGGUACUAUUCAUAGGCAGUGUAGACAGCCGGAGGCGCACCGGACUUGGGCUUCCUCUGAGCCGUGAUGCCAAAGGUUGCGACUCCCGACUCUGGAGAAUUUUUGCCCUUUGUUUUCUCCGCCGCAUUUGCUGGUUCCCCGUGUUUUUCUCUCUUCCUUCCCCUCAUUCCCACUCUAAUGUGUGGUAAUUUGGUGAGCGAACCCUCAGCAGUCCUGACCUUCUGGUGACCAGGUGCUUGUGACCUACAAGUCGGAGUCCUCUCUCAGUCAGCCACUGGAUUUCAGUAUUGGCUCUCAGGAGUGUGACCAGAGUAGACUCGGGACAUGGCCACUGGGGUCAUAUCGUUAUUAUUCAUUAUGUUUUGCAACCUCAGCACGGUGAGGGUCUUCCUACUCUCUGAGCUAAAUCUCGGUGAGGUCCCCCCUUAGGGAGCUCAGCUAUUUACAAAGUACACGUGAGGGAGCCAGCCUGCUCUGGUGGCUGCUCAUUGACCUCGAGCAGGACUGUUGCCCUCUGAGCAGAGGCAGGCCCGUUUCUGACCAAGGGAGCUGCCCAAGAUCCCUAGAGAAGGCAGCCAGCAACAGCUGUGCGGAACAGUCAGAGCUGGGGAGUGUCUCCCCGCAGCGGAACAGUCAGAGCUGGGGAGUGUCUCCCCCCGCUGGAACAGUCAAAGCUGGGGAGUAUCUCCCCCCAGC